GCGGGGACUUGGCAACGAGCCCCGCGGGGCGGGGCGCGGGCCCCGGAGGAGCCCUGUGGGAGCCACGUGCCCGCCCCGGCCGGGCUGUCUGGGGCCGGGCGCUGGGCAGAGCCGGCGGAGGCAGGAAGGGGAGCGGACACGUGCCGGGGAGGCCGGCGGACAGCGGGCUGCCAUCAGAGCCUGUGGCCCCGCACGGAGAGCCCCAGCGGGGCAGCCCGGGGGUCGCUGCUGCGGGGCUGGGGCGAGGCAGCCGGCGCCGCUUGAGAGCGCGAGCGCGGGGUCAUGUCUCUGUCCCCUGCCCGUUGGGGGCUGCGAGGGGGGGAGUGCGGAGCUGCUCAGCCGGGACGGGACGGGGAAUUGCCCCUCUCCCCAUGAACCCAUCUCCGAAAGAGGCUCCCUUGAUACCAGCACCACACGACCUCGUGCCCAGAACCAGUUCGAUUCCUCCUCUUCCUUAACUACCCCUGACGGCCUCCUGCAGCCGUGAUAUCGGAACAGACCAGGGAGCCAGUCUCAGGUGGUCACCAUGGUGCAACACUUCAAUGCAAUAGCCCUUCCCUGGCUCGGAGACUCCAAGGGGCUCAGCUCCUACCCUUAAAGCCUUUUGUUCCUGCCGCCGCUGCGCAGACGAGCACUGUCUCUAGAUUGGUGUAGCUGUAUUUCAAAUACAUUUUGAAAGUGGCAAGAUGUCUCACUUCACUCUUGGCCCCAUGUCCUAUGCCAGGACGUUCUCAGUUCAUGCUGCUAUUGACCUGCACUGAGAUUGGCACAUGGUGUUCCUCCUACCUACAGUUCUAGCUCUCAUGCUCUCUGGCCCUUGGAGAACUCAGACAGAGAGUGGAAAUUGAGGAAUCGUAAAAAUAAAUGCUACUUCAAAUGUAGCAGUCACUGUUUAUGCCCCAUAUUUUCCACUUACCUAUAAGCAUAAAGCUCUCCCACUUAUAGGCUAUCCUGCAAACAAAAUCCCACUGUGGGAUGGUUGCUGUGGAGUGGAAUACAAAAGACAUGAUUUAUUAAGGAAUAGUUGCUUACUCGAUAUUCCUACUAAGAAAGGUUAUAGAGAGAACUGGGAAAGGUCUGGGCAAAUACCAGAUACUUGAUUUUCCAAAAUCUCACUGUGCUCUACCAGCAAUGCUGCUUCUGAGGAAGAGAAGAGUAUGGGAUACCUUGGGUACCAGGAUACCCCUGGUAACAUUCACCUGGAGCCUACGAUGAAGGAGCUUCCACAUUGCCAUGUCCUCUUGUCCUGGUACCUCCUCACCAGCUGCUCCUCUUGCCCACGUCUGUCUCCGAGGUAGAGUGCUCCCCGCCCACAUUAGAUAGAUUCCCAACAAUUAACAUAUCCCUAACCAGGGUAGUAGUAGCUGUGUCUUGAAUUAACCUGUUAAAAAGGGCACACACCCCCAACACCAAACCAAACCCAUUUCUCUCUCUCAGGAACAGCCUGAAAACUUGUUAGAAGGUUUCGAAAUAUACUGAGCAGUUGAAAGGUUUGAAAAUAUACGUACCUAUUUCCUUCCUAUGUAUACCUACAAACCCCCACUCUAAACAGUAACAGUUGCUUCUCGGCCAUAAAGUUUUUAUUUACAUUUGCAUUUUAAUUACAUUUUAAAUGAAGCUUCAAAAACAUUUUAAAAACCUUAUUUACUUUCCAUACAACAAUAGUUUAGUUAUAUAUUAUAGACAUCUAGAGAGAGAGCUUCUAAAAACAUUAAAAUGUAUUACUGGCACGCGAAACCUUAAAUUAGAGUGAAUAAUGAAGACUCCACACAGCACUUCUGAAGGCUGCUGACCCCUGGAAUAAACCCUGGCCUUGUCUGAGUUCAGCCCUCCGCUGGCUGCUGCAAGGUGGGGCGGCCUGGUCUGGGGCUAUGCACAGCUCAGACAGGGCUUGCCUCAGGACUGGCCUGGGAAUGCCUCUGCAGACAGGCAGCCAUCACUCCACAGAGCUCGCCACCUUCUCCCUGGACAUGAGCUGACACGAAUUCCCCCAGGCCGGGGCCAGUUACAGCUCCCUGCACGGCUGGUCUCAGAGCAGUACAGUAGGGGGGUUACUGGGCGUCCACAGCUCAGCCCCUCCCUGCUGCUGCACUCUCUUUCGUUGGGAUCUCUGUGGCUCUCUCUUGUUCCCUUGCAGCAGGUUUCUGAUCUCCCAGACCACUCUCCACAGCACCCGUCUCUGGUGCUGCCAGCCCUGCUCGGCCUCACUGCCCCCCUAUCUGGGGGGAUAAAAGCAGGUACACAGCCCGUUCUCCCCGUCUCUGGAACCAAGGUCAGGGGAGCUCUCCUCCAGUGUGCUAGGAGGGUGGGUGUUUACUGGGGGGGGGAGGCGGGAGUGAAGGCGGGGGGCUUAUUCCCUGGCAAGUCUGCAUCAGGGCCGGGCCCAAUCUGGCCACAACCAAUGACUAUUGGGAACAUCCCCGUUGCUGUACAGGUGCCUGCUUCAUUUUUCCCGUCAGCUACACUAGGAAUUGGGUUGCACGUAUGAAUAGGGGCUUUGUUCCCCGUACGUUUAGAAACACGGUUCUCUCACAGAGAGGAGGGGAUUGAAAUGGGAAUAAGUACCUGAGACAUUUCCCCACCAUAGCAGCUCACUGGCCAGCGCUGUGGAGUUUCUACUAGCUCCGUGUGUGCGGAAGGAGGGCUAGUUAACCCCACCGCCUCUGAUGUCAGCACCUCCAUCAGCUGACUGCCUGUAGCUAUGAGACCACACAGCAAUCCUAGCUUCUUGUAAACAAGUGUACACCAUGUAUUGAAUUUUAGCUUGUUACCUUAAUUAAACUGCAGUUGGAAAACCAGUGGAAACACAUUUCACCACAAGCCGAGAGCAAUGGAGCCUUUUUAUCUGUAUGACAUCAGGGCUGUCACCUCCAACAAAACCAUUGAGAGAAUUAUUUCACCCAUGGCAGCUCAACUUUGUCAUUUAAUGAUAGCAGCCGCGUGGGAAGGCGUGACGAACGAGCGCCUCGCUGAUUUAGAAAAAGCUGCUGAAGAAUUAGCCAAAGCUACUGAAGAACUUGCUUAUGUUGCAAGAAGGGUGGCUCAUGAGUCCAACGAGGAGCUGCUGGCUGGGGAGAUGUUGCCUGCUGCCGAAUCUCUCCUCGCGUCUGGGAAAAGCAUCUUACUGGUGGCCCAGAAACUUCAUAUUCAGCCGGACGUUCAGAGUCAUCAGGAGGAACUGAUUGAUUCAGCAAAGAGAGUCUUAAUGGGGACUGUAAAGAUCCUCCAGCUUGAAGAUGAUGCUGUAGUGACGAGGAUUAUCCAGGCCGCUCAUUGGCUUCGGCAUUGCCUGACUGCACUCGAGUUUGCAGGAGACAUACCAGCCCUGCUGGCUGCUUUCCGUGACUUUUCAGAGUCCUUGCUCUUGCUGAACAAUUUGACAGAAAGACGCAUCCAAGAGCUCCGAGAUUCUCCUCCUCAGAAGUAUUUGGCCCAGAUGCUGCAGAUCCUUAGGAAGUGCGUCCCGAUGCUGCAUGCUGCAAAACACAGUCACCUGAAGCACCCCCAGGACCAGCAAGUGAAUGGUUCCAAAAACUACAUUUUCCAUUUGAUGGAUAGCACCAUAGAGGAACUGAUUUCCUUGCUGACAAACACCACCAGAAACAAGGAACUACUGGAAAGAAAUGGGCUCUUUUCCCAGCACCUGGGCCUCCUGUCCAACGCAAACCCUGCUCACCUAGCUGAGGACGAAUUCAGUUUGUGUGUGGAAACAGUGGUCUUCCACUGCAUGCUUUUAGCUAACUCAUCAAGGCCAAGUAUUAAGCUGCAGUUGAUCAAGCACUGCCAUCAUCUGCUAAUGCUCAAGAAAAGCAUUUCCAACCAUGGAAGCCUAAUGGAGGAUUUGCCAGCACAAAGCCAACUAGAAUGCAACCUAGAAGAGAAAUGUCAUGCGAUGAGAGUUGAGGUGGAGAUUCUUGAUCAAACCAUGCUCACUGCUGUUUUGUGUCAGAUUCUGGACACUUUCACAGACAUUAACGCACCCCUGAAAAGGUUAAUGGAAGCUGCACUGGAACCUACAACUGUGCAAUAUUCUCCUGCAGGAGAGGAUGGAUUUCUAAGAAAACUUCAGCCUCUCAUUACUGCCUUCUUCAGUCAUGCUCAUCAGAUGCUCAAAGUGGCAAAUUUUGUUCUGGCCAGGUGCACCAACCUCAAAAUCAUUAAAGAAAUUGAAGAUCGUGUAGACUGUUUAAAUAGACUCCUUGCCACGGUGCCUCUACUCCUCACGGAAAUGAGCAAAGAUCCUAAUAAGAUUAACAUCCAGAAACAACUACAAACCUUCUAUCAAAGAUGGGCUUGGACAACAGAAAGCUUGUUAGCGUGUGUUGAUGAGACAAUCAACUUGCCCGAAUUCCUCGAUCUGUCUAUUCAGGAAAUGGCCGAUCACAGAGAGUGUUGUGAACAAGAACUAGAGAGUCAGAACUCUGGAAGGUUUUCAUGGCAUGCCGCGCAUAUGACCAGCCUAGCUGCUCGCGUGAUCCAAGUUACUAACAGAUUUGUGGAUAAAAUCAGAGAUCCCAUUUUCAAGAAUGGUUUGUUAGUUUUAGUUAAGCAAUUGGAAAUCUCCAUUCUGGAAGUGAGAACUGUUACUAGCCACUGUUUAGGAGGCAUCUCUUGUUUACAAACUAGAAACGCAUUUUCAAAGAGGGUAAAGCAUCUGAUGGACUCCACUCGAAAUGUCAGAGAGGGGCUGGAUGAGUCUAACCAUCCAGAUAUUCUGAGUCCACUUCGGGAACAAAUUCGGAGCCUUGACAUUCCAAAAGAGCUGUGUUGCUUUUCAGCCCAGGACCACGUAGAGCUCAGAGCACCAGAUGUCAUAAAACAGAGCACUACUGACAAUACUGAAUUAGUGGAAGAAUUUUUAAGCGAACGGCUUCCAUCAGCCACCUCUCCUCUUGAGAUGCUUCCAAGAGCAGGUAACUUAUACCCAGAAACAGUGGAUUUACAUCCUGUGAUCAAUGAACUCAUCGCUGCAACAAAGAAACAUGACAUUACUGCUGUAAACACGGCUUGCUUUGUUUUACUUGAACUUUCCAACUGUUGUGUAGAUGCAGCUCAGGAAGCCUUACCAAUUGUCAAGUCGCCACUGCUGGAAAAGCUGACCCACUACAGAAAGAUAGUUCUAUUAACACCAUCUGUUAUUAGCUUAGCUAGGGAGAUAGGUCCAAACCCAGUUUCCAGAGCAGACAGACUUCUUCCAACAGCUGUUUUGUUAUCGGAGAAGAUUUGUGAAACUAACCAAUGCCUGGUGGCUGUGGCAGGCUCUUGGUACAGUCUAGUCCAGCAGUUAUUCUGCACAGUAGCUCCCGCUGACUUUCUGAAGAGCAAACAAACUUUGGAUGAGAUCAUGCAGACUUUAGCAACAGUUGUUCAGCUAGCGGCUGAUGUUGCACACACAGAUUGUGAAGAGGAGCGCACAAUAGUUCCUAAGAUUCAGGAAAGGUUUGUACGGGUCCAAGCAAAAUUCACACGUGCUCAGACUAAUACAAAGCAUUUACUUGAAAAGGCGCUGUCUUCUGACUGCUUCCAUUCUCACCAGGACCAUCUCGAGGGGAUCUGCCUUCUUUGGUCUGUCAGCAUACAGGUGCUCCUGAGUGCUGUCGAUCAGCUCAUAGGACGAGAUGUUUUGUUCCUAGGUGAAUUAAGGAAUACAAUGAAGCACAAGCUUCGCUUGCGGGAUGUCCUGGCAGCUGUCUCCGAGAGCUCUUUGAGAAUACAGGAGGCAGCCCGGCUGUCCUAUCUCGCCUGUGCUGAACACAGUGUGCAGCGUGACAUCCUAGCGCUCCGGGAGGAAGUAAAGGUACUAACUGAAGCUCUGUUGCAAGUGGCGGAUGUUCUGUCUGUCUCCCCAGUGCCUGCUACAAACUUGUCCAUUCGUGCUGAGCUGCUCCAACGAGAGUUUGCUGUUAGAGUGAAGGCACUUCUGAUCCUCCUGACCAGCACCAAUCGGGAGUACAUGAGGGUCAUCCAAAACAUCCUCAGACUGGCCUGGCCUCCUGCGCGUGCCCAGGGAGGUGACGGAGUGAUGGUUAAACAGGCAGGUCAGAUAAUGGCAAACCUCCAGCUGGUCAAGACCAUCAUAGAAGACGCUUUGGAGAACACAGUUCAUCUAAGAAUGCGGGAAAGUCUGCUCUCUCAGACAGACCACCUUCUCCUCCUUACUUCUGAGCUGCUAGGAAGAGCUGGUGAGCAGCUUCAAAGCCAGCAGGACAAGGAGCUGGUCCAGCUAGACUACAUUGCAUGGGAGUGGUCUGCUAAAGCGCACUAUGUGGUGACGCAGCUUCAGUCAGUGAAGGACAUUGAUAAAGCCGCCUUGGAGCUCGUUAAGCAGUGUUUACAAAACAGCGAGUCACGUGCUGUUGCAAAUCAAUGUCAUGGCAAAGCAGAGCUCUCCCCCGCCAAGAUACCCAGCACCAAACACCAGAGUCACACACACCAAGCCAAUUCAGCAAAUGCCUGGCCUACCAUGAGUGAAUCCAAAGGUUUAACUGCCGGGGAUGCAUUUGAAAUCAUGCUCCUGACUGACUCUCCAAAUGACUCCCACCCCACUAGCAGUGAGCAGGGUAAGGGAGCCGCUCCUGCUGCCCUGCCAGAGGACUCUGGACAGUGGCAGGAUGACACCAACACCAUGUCCCAAGUCACCAAGGAAAUGGCCACUGGGAUGUCUCACAUGGCACGGUUUCUAAAGAGGAAGGGACCGAUAACGACCAAAGAGCAGCUCAUUGCCUGUGCUAGUCAAAUGGCUUCCAAUGGGCAAGUGUUUGUCAGAUUUGGCCACCUGAUUGCAGAGAACUGCCUAGACGAAAGAUGUGCAACCGAACUGCUGUGUGUCACCGAGCAAAUCCAAACCAUCAGCAACCAGCUCAGAAUUAUUUCCAGGGUAAAAGCAGCAACAGCAGGGAGUAGGUGCUCUGCUGAACUACUGGUGAACAAUGCACAGAAUCUGUUUCAAGUGGUCCUACAGUCCCUGAAGGCAGCAGAGGCCGCGUGUGUCAAAGGUUUGCGAAAGCCAGAUCCUGACUCAGAGGCAGCAGAGGCAGCUGCCUUUUGUAUUCGAUGGAAGAAAAAGCUGUUGUGGCACAGAGUCAAAGCGGCUUUAAACCCAGAUAGGGAUGAAUUCGGACUUCGCAGAACACGUGCAGGGCGUGAACCCACCCUUACAGCUAUAGCUCAGGAACCAUCGUCUCAGAAUUAAGAACUCUCCCCCUCCCCCCACCCCCAAAUUCCAAGCCCGUUCAACAACCAACCAUGGUGGCUGGUGCUGCCCUGGAGUAGGAAGGGGCCUCUGUCAUUGAUCCCUAACUCUUGCAGGAAAUGACAUCACCAAUGGGGAGGGACAAUAAUGCCACUUACCUCCUUAGAAGCUAAUAAUGCUGCCCAGGAGCAAGAGAGACCUUCACAAAUAAGUGCCAUUAGCAUAUAUAGUCUGGAGGCCCAGGCUGGCCGUUCUUGGCAAUGAAGCAGCCCCUGUACAAAAAGCAACAACUAUGUUAUUUUAAUAGAAGUGUUCCUUAGAUUCUUAUCUAGGGUGAAUGUGGUGUUGUAAAGGGGUAGCAAGGUAUUCCAAUGCAAGAUUUUUGUACCCAUGUACCUUUUGUGCAAGUGAAAAGGCUACAAAAAUGUACUUAAGUUGUCAAGAUAAGUUUGAAAGAAAAAAUGACCAAUAAAAUGGGAUUUAAUUUAUUUUAAAAGACAAAUUUUAGUAAUGCAAAAGAUUUCUUUGACACAAAUUAUCACCUUUUUAUUUUAAAAGAAAAAUUCAACUCCUACAAAUAGUCUGACAAAUUAAUAUGGCUCAUUACUUAGGGAGUGUUAGCCUUGUGCUUUGUAUUGAUAAAUGCAUAAUUAUUCAUUGACACCAUUUUUUUUAAUACCGUAUUCAUUAUAACAGAAGGCACGUAUACUAUUGCACACCAUCAUGCUAGCAAAACACUAACACUCCUCAGCAAUGGGCAAUAUGACUAUACGUGUCUAGCCUUUUUCAACAUAUUUGCUGAAUGCCACAUAUCUAAACCUGAACCAUCUGCAGUCUCAGACUCAUAUGGAUUUACACUGGUCACUUUGAGGAUUGUAACAGUCCUCAGCACCAGCACACAAGCAAGCCUGUGUGCAUGCCAGGCUCCACACUGAACAGUGGAUUGACAGAACAUAGGUCAAUACAAAAAGCUCCAGAUGAAGUGUGGUAUGCCAGAAGUGGAACAUUGGGUUUUCUACCUUUCAUUUGUCACACCAUUUAUCAUAUCCCAUGGGGGCCUCAUCUUCCCCGAGACCUUAGGUAUACUGUGGUCUAUCCAUUUUGGAGCAAGAUGUACAGGUUACUGGCUGUUACUUGGGGCACGUCUAUUACAUAUGACAUGAGAGAUUUUCAAGAAAGUCAACCAUUCCUGGAGAAGUCAGUUUGGCCUGAAGAAUGGCCUUUCUGACCAUUUACUAUCUCCAAUCAGCUUUUCCUUCCUUAGAGGUUUUUAAGGUCAGGCUUGACAAAGCCCUGGCUGGGAUGAUUUAGUUGGGGAUUU